CACUUUCCCCUCUUUGCCAUUUCCUGGGUCUUUGGCGUCUCUUCGACCCUAUUUCCCAUAUCCUGCCUUGCCGCGCCUUAAUCGAAUAAUCGCCUUCAGAUUUAUAGAAAAUGGCUGAUGCUGAAGAUAUCCAACCUCUUGUUUGUGACAAUGGAACUGGAAUGGUCAAGGCUGGAUUUGCGGGUGAUGAUGCACCUAGAGCAGUGUUCCCUAGUAUCGUAGGCAGACCUCGCCACACAGGUGUUAUGGUUGGGAUGGGCCAAAAAGAUGCCUAUGUUGGUGAUGAGGCCCAGUCCAAAAGGGGUAUUCUCACUUUAAAGUAUCCAAUCGAGCAUGGAAUUGUCAGCAAUUGGGAUGACAUGGAAAAGAUUUGGCAUCAUACCUUCUAUAACGAACUCCGUGUAGCUCCCGAGGAGCACCCGAUACUUUUAACUGAAGCUCCUCUUAACCCCAAGGCAAAUAGAGAGAAGAUGACUCAAAUCAUGUUCGAAUCUUUUAACGCACCUGCAAUGUAUGUCGCAAUUCAGGCAGUCCUGUCCCUCUAUGCUAGUGGCCGUACCACUGGUAUUGUGCUGGACUCUGGUGAUGGUGUCAGCCAUACUGUUCCAAUUUAUGAAGGAUAUGCUCUGCCUCAUGCAAUUCUUCGUUUGGAUCUUGCCGGUCGUGAUCUCACAGAUGCUCUCAUGAAGAUCCUUACUGAGAGAGGUUACUCAUUUACCACGACUGCAGAACGGGAAAUUGUAAGGGACAUAAAGGAGAAGCUCGCAUAUAUUGCUCUUGAUUAUGAACAGGAGCUGGAGACUGCCAAGACAAGCUCAACCGUGGAGAAGAGCUAUGAACUUCCAGACGGGAAAGAUUUGUAUGGAAACAUUGUGCUCAGUGGUGGGUCAACCAUGUUCCCUGGGAUUGCGGAUCGUAUGAGCAAGGAGAUUACUGCUCUUGCCCCAAGCAGCAUGAAGAUUAAGGUGGUUGCCCCACCUGAACGUAAAUACAGUGUCUGGAUUGGAGGGUCCAUCCUUGCCUCUCUUAGCACUUUCCAACAGAUGUGGAUCUCGAAGGGCGAGUACGAGGAGUCUGGGCCUGCGAUUGUCCACCGGAAAUGCUUCUGAGCUUCGCUUAUGUGGUACUUAGCUGCUCUGACAGGCAGACCUUUAUGUUAUAGUUAUGGCUUUAUUGUAACAGCAGGUUUGCUGAAGAUUGUGGGAUAUGCAAGUGAGAUGCAUGUCUGCUUUCAGAUUGGGCUGAUAAAUGCCCUCUUGUUAGAUGAUGUUUUGUGCCAUGGCACCAUAAACAUGUGCAGUUGGUGCCACAAACAUUUUCCAUAUUUUGGUCCUUUUCCUAUCUUAUUUUAGUUUGGUUAUAGUGGACUGUGGCUUUUCCAUCAGGUUUGCUGGUAUUGUUUGGUUUCUUUUUAAGUCUAAUGUUGUUGAAAAGAACUUUGUAAUUUACUGUAUUUGUUCAGCUCGAUUGUCUUUUUGAAAC